AUGAGUCGCGUCCCAGAGAGCAUCAGUAUGCUGCGGCGGUGCCUUGCCGACUGGAUUAUUGGGCGCGUGGUUUUCUUCCUGAAAGCCGUCCGGUUUGCGCUACUGAUGCCGCAGCAGUUGAAUCUGUGGCUGUGCGGUCGAGCUGUGCGUGCAGUCCUUCAUCCCCGUCAGCGGCUAGGGCGCCAAAUAAUCGUGUUUCGUCUAUUCUUCGCCAUUGUCACUGCAAUAUUGGUUGUCACGUUUACGAUUGUGAAAAUAUCCAUGAAGACUCUCCUGUGCGCCGUCCGGUUGCCUCCGGCGAUGCAAAAAAUGGUGUCGUCGUGUACUCCUCGCAAGCGGAAAUCAAGAGCCGAGAAAAGCUGGUAA